GGUCACACCAAUUGACGGGUUAGGGGUGGUAACCUUGAACCAGCCCUGAGGCAAUAAUCUUCUUAUAAAGCCAUCAGUUUGAUUACCAUCACUGCAUUGUGCCCUGUCGCCGAGCUGGUACCUCAACCCCUCUGGCUUGACUGAAGUCGUCUGAGUUCGCAAUUCGAGUUCCUCACCUGAGCAGUGGCCAGGAGCAGUAGCCACAACAAUUCAACAACAACGGACCAAAGAAGAACCAAGUUAGCUUUUCAACUUAUAUCCACAAUGACCAGCAGGAACCAUGCCACCAACCAACCCUACUACUCUCCCCAGUCUACCGGCUACCACAUGGAGCCUCCUCCGCCGUCCUACGAAGCGUCCAUCUCUUCCCCACUCAGAACCGGGGGCGUGACCGGCGGCACACCCCUCCAGCGGGCCGACUCAGGCUUGUCAGGGUCAACAGCUUCGACAGCCUCCUCGUCCAACUCUCCCCAGCAAUCCGACGCUGCUAGUAGCAUCAUCAAACAACAGCAGCCGCAGUACACGCCGCCAAACCCGAUGCGUGUGCCUCUCGCGGGCGGGUACGACCCCUUUUCCGCCGCCACGCAUGCCAGGCUGGGGGAAUCUGCGGGCUGCUGCUGCUCGAACCGAGGGGGUUGCUGCUUCAGUGAUAAUGGCGGAUGUUGCUUCAGUGAUAAUGGCGGAUGUUGCUUCAGUGAUAAUGGUGGAUGCUGCUUCGGUGAUAAUGGCGGGUGCUGUUUUGGAAAUGGUUCUAAGUAACGGAGGGCCUGUAGGUGCAGAUGAAUACCUAAGGUACCUACCUACCUUACCUAGGUACCUUGACAUUAAAGCCGCAAGCGUUCGAAUAGUUAUUAGGUCUCAGAUUCUCAGUGAGUAGUAGUAUCAGUAGUAUUUUGGUAAAUUACCUAUGCAGGUCAAAUCACC